AAGUGUGUGUGUUUUUGUGCUCACUCACUCUCUCACUCUCUCACUCACUGGGAGGACAAAGUACAGGAGCUUUAAACUCUGGUUUAAGUUCUGCAAGAACUCAAUCGCGUGGGUUUGGUUCCUGCUUUGCUUUGCUGAUCCGAGGACCACUUCCCACUGCCGUGUCAGAGAAAAGAGAGGGGGGGGAAGCCAUGCAUUCGUGCCUGUUUCACAAGAGUAAACUUGCACAGGCUGGAUUACAAUUAAACAAUGGAUAACUUCUUCACUGAGGGAACACGGGUCUGGUUACGAGAGAAUGAUCAGUACAUUCCAAGCACUGUCUCGGCCUAUGGAGGAGGAGUGAUCAACUUCACCACAGACUAUGGCCAGGUAUUCACAUAUAAACAAAGCGCCCUGACCAGGGAAAAAGUGGUGACCAUGCAUCCCUCCAGUAUCAAGGGAGUCGAGGAUAUGGCGACUUUGGCAGAGCUGCACGAAGGGGCCAUCAUGCACAAUUUACACUUACGCUAUAAACAGGACUACAUCUAUACCUACAUAGGUUCCAUUCUAGCAUCGGUGAAUCCUUACAAGCCCAUUCGAGGACUCUAUGAUAAAGUCGCUAUGGAACAGUACAGCAAGUACCACCUGGGUGAAAUAUCUCCUCACAUCUUUGCCAUUGCUAAUGAGUGUUAUCGCUGCCUAUGGAAACGCCACGACAAUCAAUGUGUUCUUAUCAGUGGAGAAAGCGGUGCUGGGAAAACAGAGAGCACAAAACUUAUCCUGAAGUUCUUAUCAGCAAUGAGCCAACAUUCACUUGAAGCUACAGCGAAGGAAAAGACCUCUUACGUUGAACAGGCUAUUUUAGAAAGCAGCCCCAUCAUGGAAGCCUUUGGCAAUGCAAAGACUGUGUACAACAACAACUCCAGUCGCUUUGGGAAGUUCAUUCAGUUGAACUUCUGUAAGAAGGGCAACAUUCAGGGAGGCAGAAUCAUAGAUUAUUUACUAGAAAAGAACCGUGUAGUCAGACAGAACCCUGGGGAGAGAAAUUAUCACAUUUUUUAUGCAUUGCUGGCUGGAACAGAUGAAGAGCAGAAAGAGAUGUAUCAUUUAUCACCAGCGCAGAAUUACCAUUACUUGAGACAGUCUGGAUGUAUUGGAGAUAGAACUAUUGAUGAUCAGCAAACCUUUCAGGAUGUCACUACUGCCAUGAGAGUGAUGAAGUUCAAAACUGAAGAGACUCGAGAGGUGCUGAAACUACUCGCUGGUGUCCUACAGCUUGGAAAUAUUGACUUUAUAACGGCUGGUGGGGCACACCUCUCCUCCAAAACAGCAUUGGGGAAGGCAUCAGAGUUGCUUGGGCUGGAUUCAGUGCAGCUCACGGAGGUGCUGACUCACCGGUCUAUGAUUCUCAGGGGUGAAGAGAUCAGUACACCACUCACAGUGGAGCAGGCAGUAGAUUCUCGGGAUUCAAUGGCCAUGGCACUUUACUCCCAAUGUUUUGCAUGGAUCAUUGGAAAAAUCAACAGCAGAGUAAAAGGAAAGGAGGAUUUCAAGUCUGUAGGCGUUCUUGAUAUAUUUGGAUUUGAAAACUUUGAGGUAAAUCGGUUUGAACAAUUCAAUAUUAACUAUGCAAAUGAAAAACUUCAGGAAUAUUUCAACAAGCACAUAUUUUCCUUGGAACAACUGGAAUACAACAGAGAGGGAUUGCUGUGGGAGGACAUUGAAUGGAUGGACAACGGAGAGUGCUUGGACCUUGUUGAAAAGAAAAUGGGCAUUCUAGCUCUCAUUAAUGAAGAAAGCCAUUUUCCAAAAGGCAAUGACAGCACUCUGCUAGAAAAAUUACACAGUCAACAUUUGAACAAUCCCUUUUAUGUGAAGCCAAGAGUCACUGACCAUUAUUUUGGAGUGAAACACUACGCUGGAGAGGUGUUGUAUCAUGUGAAGGGGAUUCUAGAGAAGAAUAGGGACACAUUCCGGGAUGAUGUGCUGAACUUGUUACGUGAAAGCAGGCUUGAUUUCAUCUAUGACCUGUUUGAGUAUACAUCGAGCAGGAACAACCAAGACACGCUAAAAUCUGGAACGAAGCGUCGGAAGCCAACUGUGAGCUCUCAGUUCAAGAACUCCCUCCAUUCCCUCAUGGCAACGUUAAGCUCAUCAAAUCCAUUCUUUGUCCGCUGUAUCAAACCCAACAUGCAGAAGAUGCCAGAUCAGUUUGACCAAACUGUGGUGCUGAACCAGCUGCGGUAUUCAGGAAUGUUAGAAACUGUGAAAAUACGGCAAGCUGGAUUUCCGGUCAGAAGGCCCUUCCAGGACUUUCAUGCAAGGUAUAAAGUCUUGAUGCAAAACCUCGAUCUGCCAGAAGAUGUGAAGGAAAAGUGUGCUGCGCUGCUUCAUCUCUAUGACAACACCAACAUGGAUUGGCAGCUGGGGAAAACAAAGGUAUUUCUACGAGAGUCCCUUGAACAUAAACUAGAGAGACAACGUGAGGUGAAGGUCACCAAAGCUGCUAUGAUCAUCCAGGCUCAUGUCCUUGGCUAUUUGGCAAGAAAACAAUACAAAAAGGUGCUCAACCAUAUUGUUGUGAUUCAGAAAAACUACCGAGCUUUCUUCUGGAGAAGGAAAUUCCAAUGUCUACAAAUUUCUGCAAUUGCAUUGCAAAAGCACAGGCGAGGUCAGCUCGCACGCAGGAUUUAUAAACAAAUGCUUGAAGACAAGAGGCGAGUGGAAGAGGAGCAGAGAAGGAAGGAACAAGAAGAAAGGGAAAGGCAAGAACGAGAAGCAGAGCUCCUGGCACAGCAGGCAAUGGAAGCACAGCGGCAACAGGAACAAGCAGCUCUUCUGGAAGCUCAGAAGAAAGCUGAGCAAAAUAACCACCUGGAAAAGCAAGAGAACAGGCAGGUUGAGGAGAUCCUACGGCUAGAGCGAGAGAUUGAAGAGCUGCAGCGUAAGAAGGAGCGCCAUGAAUCAACACUCAAUGAGAAUUCACUUUCUCAUCUCCAGCAACUAAGGGAUGAGGAGCUAAAGCGUCUGGAAGACGAGGCCUGCAAAGCAGCUCAGGAGUUCCUGGAGUCCCUGAACUUUGAUGAGAUUGAUGAGUGCGUUCGCAAUAUUGAGAAGUCCCUUUCUGUCAGCAGCAACUACGAUGGAGAGCUGAGCACCUCAACUGUGUCUGAUCCUGCUGAGAAACCCAAGUUCAACUUUAGCCAGCCUUACCCCGAGGAAGAGGAAGAUGAGGGCUUCGAUGCUGAUGAUGAUGCGUUUAAGGACUCGCCAAACCCGAGUGAGAAUGGCCAUUUUGAUCAGCGCACCAGUGGAAUCCGGACGAGUGACGACUCUUCAGAAGAGGAUCCAUAUAUGAAUGAUACAGUGGUGACGACAAUGACAAGUGAGAGCAGUGGAGAGCCACAAUCCAGCUAUAGCAAGCCAUCCAUUGAAGACUCCACUUACUGUAUGCCUGAACAGGUAGCUGAUGGGCAGCAGGAUUCUGUAGAGCUGAUUCCUCCAGAUGAAGAGUCUGAUUAUGAUCAGGAUAACCGUGAAGAUGAAGCUAUUACAUCUGGAAGCAGUGUAGCAUUCUCUAAUCCCCGCAGUAGCCAGUGGUCCCCAGACUAUCACUACCGUUACUCUGUAGGAACGUACAACAGCUCUGGAGCGUACAGAUUGAGCUCAGAAGAGCCACAAUCAUCGUUUGAAGACAGUGAAGAUGACGUGGAUUCUCGAUUUGACACUGAUGAAGAGCUGGCUUACCGACGGGAAUCUGUCUAUAGCUGCGUCAGCCUACCAUAUUUCCACAGUUUCUUAUUUAUGAAAGGAGGCUUGAUAAAUACCUGGAAACGGCGAUGGUGUGUUUUAAAAGAUGAAACAUUCAUGUGGUUCCGUGCAAAACAAGAGGCCUUGAAACUAGGCUGGCUACACAAGAAAGGUGGCGGCACAUCAACUUUGUCCAGGCGUAACUGGAAGAAGCGCUGGUUUGUCCUGCGGGACGGUAAACUGAUGUAUUUUGAGAAUGAUACGGAAGAUAAAUUGAAAGGAACUAUUGAGAUCAGAUCUGCAAGAGAGAUCAUUGACAAUGCUGGAAAGGAGAAUGGCAUUAACAUAGUAAUGGAUGAUCGUGUCUUCUAUCUGGUUGCGGAGACAGCAGAAGAUGCCAGCCAAUGGUUCAGUGUGCUGAGUCAGGUUCAGGGUUCGACUGAACAAGAGAUUAAAGAAAUGCAUGAUGAGCAAGCAAAUCCACAGAAUGCAGUGGGUACAUUAGAUGUAGGUCUGAUCGACUCAGUUUGUGCCUCGGAUAACCCUGACAGAUCCAAUUCAUUUGUGAUUAUUACAGCAAAUCGUGUAGUGCAUUGCAAUGCAGAUACUCCUGAGGAGAUGCAUCACUGGAUCACACUACUACAGAGGACUAAGGGGGACACAAGAGUAGAGGGUCAGGAAUUUGUUGUCAGAGGGUGGCUUCAUAAGGAAGCAAGGAACGGUGGAAAAAACAACUCUCUGAAGCUGAAAAAGCGUUGGUUUGUGCUGACCCAUAACUCUCUGGAUUACUACAAGAGCUCAGAGAGUGGGGCCGUGAAGCUGGGAACCCUGGUGCUCAACAGUCUCUGCUCUGUUGUGCAGCCUGAUGAAAAAUUUUUCAAAGAAACUGGUUACUGGAAUGUGACAGUGUACGGUCGCAAGCACUGCUAUCGCCUUCACACAAAGCUGCUGAAUGAGGCAAUGAGGUGGACAGGUGCCAUCCAAAAUGUUAUCGAUACCAAAGUACCUAUUGAUACACCCACACAGCAACUCAUUCAGGACAUCAAGGAAAACUGCUUGAAUGUCGAAGUUGUAGAGCAAAUCUACAAGAGGAACCCAAUCCUGCGUUAUACUCACCACCCUUUGCAUUCUCCACUUCUUCCACUACCGUACGGAGACAUUAAUUUAAGUUUGUUGAAAGAAAAAGGCUAUACCACGCUGCAAGAUGAAGCCAUCAAGCUCUUCAAUUCCUUACAGCAGCUGGAAUCUUCAUCCGAUCAUAUUUCUAUCAUCCAAGGCAUUCUGCAGACCGCUCAAGACCUGCGCACCCUACGAGAUGAGCUCUACUGUCAGCUCAUCAAACAGACCAACAAAGUCCCUCAUCCAACGAGUCUCGCCAACCUACGCAACUGGCAAUUGCUUGUCUGCAUGAGCUGCACAUUUAUGCCAAGGCGCACUGUGGUCCGUUACCUCAAAUUCCACCUCAAGAGGAUACGAGACCAAUUUCCAGGUACCGAGAUGGAGAAAUAUGCAAUGUUUAUUUGUGAAUCACUGAAGAAAACCAAAACGAGAGAGUAUAUACCUUCUCAGGAAGAAAUACUUGCCUUGAUCAACAGACAAGAAAUGACCUCCACUGUUUACUGCCACGGAGGCGGCUCCUGCAAAAUCACAAUUAAUUCUCAUACUACAGCUGGGGAGGUUGUUGAGAAGUUGAUCCGUGGUCUAGCAAUGGAGGACAGUAGAAACAUGUUUGCUCUUUUUGAACACAACGGUACUACCGAUAAAGCAAUUGAAAGCAGAACAGUUGUGGCUGAUAUUUUGGCGAAGUUUGAAAAAUAUGUAGCCAAAUCAGAAGGAGAAGAGAAUCCCUGGAAUUUCUACUUCAAACUCUACUGCUUCCUUGACACCGAUAAUGUGCCAAAAGAGAGUGUUGAAUUUGCCUUUAUGUUUGAACAGGCUCAUGAGGCUACCAUUCAAGGUCACUAUCCUGCCCCCGAAGAGACUCUUCAGUAUCUGGCUGCUUUAAGAUUACAGUUCCUGCAGGGAGAUUACACCUCACAUGUAACCGUACCAGAACUGAAAGAGGUUUUCCCAAUGGAAAGGUUAAAGGCGCGAAUCAUGCAAUCAACCAAGACCUUUGCUCCCUCUGGUGACAAGAAGCGUUCCAGCUUCUUGGAGGGAACAUUAAGAAGGAGUUUCCGGAAUAACUCUCUCAGUAAACAGAAAUCUGAGGAUGACCAGAUGAUGGACAUGUGGGUCAAGGAGGAGAUUUCGGGUGCCAAGGAUAAUAUUAUUGACAAGUGGAAGAAAGUGCAAGGAAUGACCCAAGAGCAGGCCAUGGUGAAGUACAUGGCUUUGAUCAAGGAGUGGUGUGGAUAUGGCUCCACAUUGUUUGAUGUGGAGUGUAAAGAAGGUGGUUUCCCACCAGACCUGUGGCUGGGGAUCUGUGGGGAAUCAGUCUCAGUAUAUAAGCGUGGAGAGGCCAGACCCCUGGAGACCUUCCCUUAUGAAAAUAUCCGUUCCUUUGGAGCUCCUCAGCCAAACACCUACAAAAUUGUUGUGGAUGAGAGGGAAUUGCUAUUUGAUACAACAGAGGUGGUGGACAUCGCCAAGCUCAUGAAAGCUUACAUCAGCAUGAUUGUAAAGAAGCGCUACAGCACCUCACGGUCUGCAAGCAGUCGGGGCAGUCAGUGCAGCAGCAGGUGAAAUCGGUUCCACCAGUGACUUUUCCUUCCCUUAAGUGUUGCCCUGCACAGGCAGCCCUCAUUCACAGACGUUAGUUGAAAGUGCCCCAUGUACAAGCUAUGCCAAUGGAACUGCUAUUUAAAUUCAACCAGCUUUCAGCCGCCUUUCAAGAGAAAUAUUGGUACAUUCAAGCAGACCCUUACUGCUCCAAGAGUAUUAUAUUCUGAUCCUAUUUCCUCAGGCCUUCCAAACCCUAAUCAGCGCUAAUGCCAAUAUGCCUUAACACACUGCACUGCUAUUAAGCAGAGAAAGUGCCUUACAGUAAAACUCAUCUUGUUAUGGACUAUGAUUUUCACUAAAGGACUGGAAUAAAUAAUGAGUGCUGGAAUGAAGAAGGGAGGGGGAGGGGGAGAGGAAGGCUUUAAAUUUUAAACUGCUGGAGCGAUAAGGUGUUAGAUAUUUUUGUGCACUAACAUAACACCCGGCUCUGAGACUGAGAGUUAUGGGAUUGAGCAACUGGAAUGCUGCUGGCAGCUUUUCCUCAAUGGACGACUGUAAUCCAUCCCAUUUUCUGUCAUGUUUUGUUAAUCCAUAUUUUCACAGCAUUUUCUUGCUAAGGGGAAUCUAAUGUGCAAUGUUGUAUGUAUACAGUGUGUGUCUGUACAUUUUUUAAAGAUAGUAAAUUUGUUUAGUAAUUUGACCUGGAUUGUUACUAGUAAGCGUCUUUGUUCCUGAACUAAUUCACAGUACAUAACUUCUGUACUGGAUUGAUGACCUAUUGAGCUAUAUUCAUACUGCAGUAUGCUAUACAUGUAGUAGCUGACUCGGCCUUUAGUUUUUAUCAAAUGUUCUCAGAUGCUGUAGCUAACACUAUUAAAUAAAAUAUUUAUA